CCCAAGAUCCCACGAUAAGUAGCACACUACACACGCGGCCGGCCAUGGCUUGGGAUUCAAAGUCUACUCGGCGACGCCAGAAUAGCAAUGCCGCGACAAGGCCGGCUCAGUCCCAGAGUCGAUCGGAUCCUGGCCCUUUUACUCCCAAAUCUGCACACGUCUCUGAUCCCGCUCUCCAGCCCUUUCUGAAUCCCUCAUUCGACCCCGCCGAGUAUCUCAAUGCCACCCUUCCCCCUCUUCAGUCCUCCAGUGUCUCUCAAUCUGCCAAGGGCAGCGUGCCUCUCGCAGAAUUAUCUACCCAAACGCAGUCCCUCCUCUCUCAGCUCAGCGCCCAUACCACGAGGCUCACGACGACACUCACCGGCCUUACAGACGAGAUCCUUCGGAGUGGAAGUCGGUUAGCAUAUGAGGUCGAGGUCUUGCGCGGAGAAACCUUAGGGCUCUCGGAGGCUCUGACUGAGGGUCUACAAGAAGAUGUGAUCAAGUUUGUGCCAGGUGGCCUGGAUCAAGAGCUUGCACGAAGACCGUCGCGAACAACGGAAGCCAAUGCGCAUCGAAGACGAGCGUCGACACUCACAGCGGCACCGAAGACGCCCCCUCGAGAAGAAACCUCUUCGAUUGCCGAUCCUCCUUAUAUCGCACAAUUGAGAACCCUCACACUGGUACGAUCUCGGUUAGAUACAGUGAUCAAAACAUUUGGCGACGCGAUGGCGUGGACGUUUCCACCCUCGGAAGUCUCUGUUACAUCCUCGUUUCUAUCCGUGUCUGCACCAGAGCCGGGCUCUGAGAUGCAUAGCACGGAGGAGAAAGGACAGCAGGUUUCCAAGAAGCUACGGGAUGAAAUUGCGGACCUGUUGAUUGGAGGAGAUCCGAUCGAUGGCAUUGAAGCAGCAGCCAAGAGAGUAGAGGAGCUGAAAGAUUUAGCAACUGUAUGGAAAGGUACGGCAGAAGAGAAAGCAAGGAUUAGAUUUGUUGAGAGUUUGGCAAAGAUGGUGGAAGAUAGACAUAGGGAUCUCUUAAGGGAAGCUGAAAGUGAUGGUAGUCUUCGUCGGAGGGUGGAGACCUUGCAGGAACAGAUUGUCACUUCCGAGAAUAAGUCUCAAGGUGGGUAUGGAUUUAUUAGCCAACUACAGAAGCUUCGAGGAGCCUCAUAGUAAUACAUUAUGUGUUGUCAAGACAUGCUCCCUCUGUCA